CACGCACAACCAGCUCAACACAAACUCCCUCUUUCACACACACACAUCUACCGAGAGUGACGACAGAAGAAGACAGUCACAAGAAAGAAGCAAAGAAUCCCUCGGCUUUCCUGUCCAGUCUGAGUCCUCUGGUUCUUUCGCAUCCCUGAUAUGACCCUGUUCAGCCCAAGAUACAUGAGCAUGAGUGGAGAGUUGAAGUCAAGCCGCUCGAGGGCAGCCAGUAAGAGGGCCAGCAACACCACUUACGGAUCUGAGUUGGACCUGGACUAUGACAGCUAUCACGAGGACUACUAUGACAGGGUGUACGACUACCAGCGUGUGCCAGCAUCCAUCUCUCCCCUACCUCUGGGACCCAGUCUGGCCAAGCGAUCUCGUUCCUCCUCCUAUUCCUCCGGGCACAGACGCAGCCGAGACAGAACCCACUCAAAAAGCUCCAGAGCCCAUUCCUCCAGUUCAGCCACAGCCAAGUUGGGGAUGGAGGAGUUGCAGGUGAUUAAAAAGGAGCUGACUCUGAUAAAGACACAGAUCGAUGGGCUGCUCGACAGUCUUGACAGGAUGGACACACAGAGGAAUGACCACAAAGGGUCUCCCCUGAGAGAGGACAGUCCAGCUGGCUCGCCGUACGCUGUGUCCGCCAGCAGUCCCGAGCACUCCCUGUCCUCCCUCUCCCCUCCGAGCUCCCGUCAUCGAAUCCACCGGGAGAACUCUGGCCUGAGGGAGCCGGACGACGACCACCACACGAUGAGCAACCACAGCUUUGACCCCGAGGAGGAAAUAUGAAGAGAAAAUAUGAGAAAAAGACGUGGACUAAGUGCCAAACAUGGAGGAAGAGAACAUAAAUCAUCACGCUAACGCCCAUAUCAGAGGCUGAGUGUUGAGUGUACAUAUCAUCCAGAGCGUUCAGUUAGAACACAGCAGUUUGGUUUUUGUGACAGCUGAUUCUUAAAUACUGGUGAAAAUGACUUAGAAACAGCGUGAGAACUUUUUAUCAGAGCUUGUUUGGUUGCGUGGACACGAGGAGCGCUGGUCAUUUCGAAAUCCAGAAGCAAAGUGAUGAAUUUUAGCUUCAUAAACAAGAUGAGCCAUUUACACUUUAUGAAUAGACGUGUAUGAACAGCAGUGUUCCUGUAUAAAUGAAGUUAUUGUAGCAUUACAAAAUACUUAAACAGCUAUCUAAACCAACACCAGGUUAUUUGAUGAACAGACCAGACAACACUGAACGAUACACACUCUGCUCUUUCAACAGCUUCCCUUCUAAUAAAUAAAAACAAGGCAUUGAUGAAUUAAAAAUUAUUUUCUCUUUGAAAAUUCUCGCUAAUAUGAUUUUUUUCAUGAGUUAAUGCACAAUCAGAAACCAGUAUAUUAAUGAGGCACCAACUAUUUAGGGAAAAUUUCACACAACUUGGCUUCAGAUUCCAUUUUACCCUGGAUCUUAUGAGCUCGUACAAUCACACAGCAUUCUUUAUCGUGUCAGCGCCCCUCAAAUAAACUCUUUUGUGAUUUAUUGUUUACACCCACAUUUUCUCAUUAUUUCUAGAUAAAGGAAGCUGCAUUGUUAUUCCAGGAGAAACAUUUUCAUCAGCUUCAUUGGAGAUUGUAACUGUUAUAUCUGCCAUACUUUAUGUACUCUGAGUGUAUAAGAUUGGGGGGGGUUCAAAACUAGAUUUGCUCAUAUCAAAAAAAGCUUUGGUACUUCCUGGAAACUGGAGCUGUUGUGGAAAACUCCCGGUUGCUUCUGUUCUCGUUUGUUGGUGAGAUUGGACGUAUUCGCCAGUGUUUAGUUUCACUGUAAAGUUUUGACAUUGCAGAAUCAGCUUUUCUUUUUUUUUUUUUUUUUUCGUAAAGCAGUCUGGGGCUCCGGGGGAAUACAUGUUGGGAACUGCUGUAUUAGAGGGAUGUCAGAACUCUCUUCCGCCAUGUAUUUGGCACUUUAAAAUGUGCAGAGGGCCAGGUCAGUCUGUGAUAUUGUGUAUUAUUGUAUACUUCACUGUAAUUGAUGAACUGUCUGACUUUAAUCUUGUUUUAGGACGUCUCAUGUGUUUUUUAAAGACGAUUCUGAUGUUAUUAUAAUUCUUAUGGUCUGCCAUGCUUUUGUUUGCAUUCUUGAAAUGAGCCCAAAUGGAAUUUCUCAUUGUCACAGUAGUAAAAGUAUUUUCAUAUUGAGUAUAAACGCAGUCCGGAG